AGGGAGGGAUGCGCGCGAGGCCAGGACUGCGGGCGCGGGGCAGCACAGCUCGCCCGGCUCCGGCGGGCAGCGCGGCGGCCCCAGCCUACGACCCCCGGGAUCCUCCUCUGACCACGCCGCCUGUGAAGCUACACAACGCCGCAUGUAUCCCCACGCGAGCCCCAGUGCCGCGGGCCGCGCCUAGGGGCGCCGGUCGUUGCCUGGGGAGGACCCCGGCUUCCCGCUCUAUCCAAGGCUACUCGAGCACCACCGGGCCCUGCAGAGGCCCGCGCAGAAGGGACCAUGAAAGUUAGAUCGGCUGGCAGUGACAGGGAUGUACUGUGUGUUACUGAAGAGGAACUGGCUGGUGAAGACGAGGACAUGCCAUCCUUCCCAUGCACACAAGAAGGCCGGUCAGGACCCCGUUGCAGCCGCUGUCAAAAGAACUUGUCUCUGCACACGUCAGUAAGGAUUCUGUAUCUCUUCCUGGCUCUGCUCCUCGUGGCCGUGGCUGUGCUGGCCUCUCUGGUUUUUCGGAAGGUGGACUCUCUCUCAGAAGACAUCUCCUUGACCCAGUCCAUCUAUAAUAAGAAGCUUGUGUCAAUGCAAGAAAAUCUUCAAGGACUGGACCCAAAAGCUCUGAACAAUUGCUCCUUUUGCCGUGAGGCUGGGCAGCUGGAGCAGGAAAUCAGGAAGCUCCAAGAGGAGCUCGAGGGGCUUCAGAAGAUGCUGCUGGCCCAGGAGGUCCAGCUGGACCAGACUUCCCAGGCCCAUGAGCUGCUCUCCACUACAAGCAGUCAAAUCUCCCAGGAGAUGGGCAGUUGUUCCUUCUACGUCCACCAGGUAAAUCAGUCCCUGGGACUCUUCCUGGCACAGGUGAGGGGCUGGCAGGCCACCACAGCAGGCAUGGACACCACUCUGAAGGACCUCACCCAGGAGUGCUAUGAUGUCAGGGCUGCGGUACACCAGAUCAACUUCACAGUGGGCCAGACUGCUGAGUGGAUCCAUGGGAUCCAGCGCAAGACAGACGAGGAGACCCUGACCCUACAGAAGAUGGUUACAGACUGGCAGAACUACACAAGGCUCUUUGGGGGUCUGCGUAGCACUUCUGCCAAGACUGGAGAAAUGGUCAAGGCCAUUCAGACCACCCUGGGGGCCUCCUCGCAGCGCAUUAGCCAGAAUUCUGAGAGCAUGCAUGACCUGGUGUUGCAGGUCAUGGGCCUGCAGCUACAGCUGGACAAUAUCUCCUCCUUUUUGGAUGACCACGAGGAGAACAUGCAUGACCUCCAAUACCACACCCGAUAUGCCCAGAACCGCACAGUGGAGAGGUUUGAGUCUCUGGAAGGACGCAUGGCUUCACACGAGAUCGAAAUCGGCACCAUCUUCACCAAUAUCAACGCCACCGACAAUCACGUGCAUAGCAUGCUCAAGUACCUGGACGAUGUGCGGCUGUCCUGCACUCUGGGCUUCCACACCCACGCUGAGGAACUCUACUACCUAAAUAAGUCCGUCUCCCUCAUGCUGGGUACCACAGACCUGCUCAGGGAGCGCUUCAGUCUGCUCAGUGCUCGGUUGGACUUCAAUGUCCGAAACCUCUCCAUGAUCAUGGAGGAGAUGAAGGCUGUGGACACACAGCAUGGAGAAAUCCUCCGAAAUGUCACCAUCAUCCGAGGUGUCCCUGGGCCUCCCGGACCAAGAGGACUCAAAGGAGAUGCAGGCAUAAAAGGACCUCUUGGUAACAGAGGACCCAAGGGGGAUUCCGGCAGCCUGGGACCCCCGGGACGUCAGGGUCCUCAGGGGCCACCUGGGGAGCCAGGACCAGUUGGAGAGAGAGGGCCAGCUGGACCCCAAGGCUUUUCAGGACUCAAAGGCUCAAAGGGCAGCUUUGGCACUGGAGGGCCAAGGGGGCAGCCAGGCCCCAAAGGAGAUGUGGGGCCCCCAGGGCCUGAGGGGCCUCCAGGGUCACCAGGACCCUCAGGGCCUCAGGGAAAGCCAGGGAUUUCAGGAAAGACAGGGUCACCAGGCCAGCGGGGGGCCACAGGGCCUAAGGGUGAACCAGGUAUCCAGGGUCCUCCUGGAUUACCCGGGCCUCCAGGCCCUCCAGGGAACCAGAGCCCUCACUGAAAGAGGUCUUUGGCCUGAUGCUGCAAUGCAGGUUGGGGACCAGAAGGGCCUACUAUCUACAAUCAUUGUUCUUUGAUCCUGAUAUGAGGGUGUCUAUUAGAACUGACUGUAUAGCUUAAAGCUCCCCAAUAAUGACUGUACCCCAGGAAAAGAGCUCACUGUCUACCCCUAUUUCUCUGCUGGCCAGGGAGAGCCUACUGGGUUUCC